GAAAUCGACGAGGGCUCGGAAAUACCCCUCGAACGCUUAUAUCGAGGGUCCGAAGUGCCAUUUUCCGAGGGGUGGAGCCCUCGGCGAAGGCCCAUCGAAAGCAUAUUUCCGAGCACUCGAAGUACCCUCGAACAACUGGUUGGGUAUUUCAUACUGAUAUAAGAUCACUUAUUCGCAUUUAUAGCCAACGAAAACAGUUACUGAAAUUGUGCGUCAAAUGAAAGAUGAGUGGAACUUGAAAACACCGUCUGUCAUUUUGUCUAUUAUUGGAACAACUUGGAUUAUCACUGAAAGUGCAAAUACUCAAAUUAUGAUCGAUAUUAAUGAAGCAAUUGAACAAUAUUGUGACAAUGAUUCUAAAGCACCAACAUGGAUCACAAUAGAAAAUUCAAAUCCGAAAAACGGAAUCAAUGAACAUCUAACAACAUUUUUGAAAGAAAAAAUAACUAAAAAGUAUGGUAAUUAUUAUCUGAAAUUAGACAAUAAAAUUUAUGAUCGUUUUGAAAUUGAACAAGAAUGUUGUCGAUUAGUUAAUUUAUCGAAUGAGGAAAAUGUUUUUAUAGAAAUUAUUAAACAAACAACUAAAUUGAAUGAAUUUAUGGAAGACAAUAUCGAUAAUCAAGCCCAAAAUCAAAUCGAUAUGAUCGCACAAGAUCUAUUAAUUAUCUUAAACAAUCUAUAUGACGUGAUCAGCAGUGAAUAUGCAUUAAUGCAAAGCAAUAUUGGAGUUUUAAGAACAGUACAAUGGAAAAUAAAUAUUUUUAAAAGCAAAGUAAAAGAAUUAUUACAGAAUAUUUCAUCAAAUUAUUUGGUACAACUUGUCGAACAAAUAUUUGAUGACGCUUAUGAUUUAUCUGCAAUUUGUAAAAAUCUUACUAUACCACUUGUUUAUAUAUUAGUCGGAGAAGAAGCAAGUUUAAACGAAGGUAUAUUUUUAGGUGAUAAUACGUCAAUCGAAACAGUGCGCAAAGUGGUUGACGAGGGCAUACCAGUGAUUGUGAUAAAUGGAACUGAAGGUGUUGCUAGUGUGAUUGGUUCACUUUAUGGAAGUAUACAUGAUACAUCAGCACGAAACGAAACAGAAGAGAGAUACAAUCCAACAACUCCAAAUACUCCCCUACAUACGAGACUUGAACGUCAUUCGUUAGUACGAGUUCAAGAAAAACGAGAGUCAUUUAAAACAAUCGAUCAAAACGCGCUGAAUAAACUUUUACAACCAGAAAACGGAAAUUUUGGAAUAUUUAUGUAUCAGCCGGGUGAUCAACAUCUAAAUCAAGUUCUUUUACAAGCGAUUGCCAAAGGUACUAAAUGCAAAGACUUGAAUGAUGUCAAUCGUUUAAUUGAAUUGAAACUAGCAAUCCAAUGGAAACGAUUUGAUCUUGCUAACGCACACAUAUUAACAACAAAAACAAUCGGAAACUGGAAGCACGAAGAACUGGAUGAGUGUUUGGAAUAUGCAUUAUUGAUGGAUUCGGUUGAGUUUGUCGAACGCUUAAUACAGUGUGGCGCAUCAUUCAAACGAUUAGAAGAAUUUAGUGAUAUCACAUAUUAUAUGCAAAAAUUGACAGAAACAGAGCAAGAGAGAUUUAACAAAAUUCGAAGUCCACCAUCAAACGUACUCCAUGGCUUAAUAAUUGAGUUAAUGCCAUUUCUUGAAAAAUUGAUACAGAACAGUUCGAAUAAUCCCGAAUUUUUAAUACUACUAGAAAAAAUUUAA